AUUGUGAAGCAUUUCAAAAAAGAGUGUUGAUUACAUCGGUGCAUUGUCCGAAAUUACAAAAAAAUAAACGAAAUAAAUAUUUUCUUUAACAAUAGCAGCAUGGAUUUUGUUAUAUUUUGUGAAUUAACAAAACCACAAUUAAAUGUGGAUUCAGAUAUUGUUGUUUUAAUGGCAUAUUAUUUAUUGACAUAUAAAAGUUUUCGUUGCUUAGGCAAUGGCUAUGGUGUAAGUACGAAAGAAUUAAAAGAAGAGGAAAUUGGAUCGAUCGAUUUGCCAAAAGAUUGGAAUACCAAGAAAAAUGUAUAUUCGAUUCGAUAUAUAGGCGGAACAAAACGGCAUGUCUAUAAUUUGUGUGGAACUGUUCAAGAAAAUAAUGUCAUUCUAACUUUGUUGUACGGUAUUUUCCAUUAGUGAAACGGCUGGAAAAGUGGUUGGAAGCCAGUGGAAAGAGCCUUUAAAUCUAAAUAAAGGUGCAUGUGAGAAAGUUUUAAAUCGGUUAUGGUUUACUUUACUUGCACCGCUUGGUAAAAAUGCAAGUUUAAAUGACAGCGGUGAAAGCACAAACUCCAAUGAAACACAAAACUCCGAUGAAUCGAUAAGCUCAGGUGAACGCGAAGAGAGAGCAAAUGGUGCAUUCCGGAAUCAUACAUUCAGGUACCGUCAAAAGAAGAAGCCAAUCUCGUUGUAUGUCUUAUGUUUGACUAGAAAUUAUAGACCACAAUAUUUAUUUAAAAAGUUUCAGUAAAGAAGAAUAAGGAUUCGAUGCAUAUUUGAUCAGUAGGAGUUCCGAUUACACCACCCCACCUACCGAUUCCGAAUUGGAUUUUUUGUUUACCUUUCUUUACUUUUUUUCAAUUAUCACCAUUAAAUUUCUACUUCGAUCAAGUAUGAGUCGAAUUUAAAAAUAAUAUAAAUAUUACAAAUAGAAAAAACAUACACACAAGUAGUUUCUUUAAGAUUAAUUUGAACCAAAAAUAUUUAAUAAAAUUUUUAUAAAAUUCAUGGAUAUUGAAAAGAAAUAAAGUGCCUAGUGCAAAGAUUCACAUGUUCAAAGUA